AUGCCCCGGACAAUAGAGGACGCAAUUGCAAUUUGUGUUCGAAUGGGUGAGAGGUAUCUGUGGGCUGACAGGCUCUGCAUUAUACAGGAUGACGCAGACGACAAGAUGAGCCAAAUAGAGGCUAUGGGCGACAUUUAUUCAUCCGCUCAGCUUGUGCUCGUGGCUGCCUAUGGCGAUAGCAUGGAGUUUGGGAUUCCGGGCAUCAGCGCCCAAAGAAAGGCAGCUCAACAUAGUGAAGAUGUGCUUGAUUUGCAAAUCACAAAUGUCAUCCGAGAUGCUGAAGAUGAUCCGCUUAACAUGUGGGACACUCGCGCAUGGACAUACCAAGAGGCUGUUCUUUCAAAUAGGCGGCUCUCUUUUACAGACACUCGAGCCUUCUUCGAGUGUGAACGAUUGAUUUGCCACGAGGAUCAGUUCAACCUCGAAGAUAUUCGGAAUGAGCUCUUCUCCACCAGGCUCACUAUUUCUGAAGAUGUUUCCCGUUUCCAAUCCUUUACACGUCAUCUGAAGCAUUACACUUCCAGAAGUAUUACAUACCGAUCCGACGCUCACAAAGCACUAUAUGGUAUCUGCAGCUCAUUAUACAAAGGAACUGGCGCCUUCAUAAGCGGGCUACCGGUGGUAGACUUUGACCGCGCGUUGUUAUGGUUCCCUGACAUUGGCGAAAAUGUUAUAGAACGUCACGAAGCUCAGGGGGAAAUCUUACCAACGUGGUCUUGGUCAUCAGUCAUGGGCCUGUCCGAUCCAGUUCUCUACCGAGCAGCGGAUUUCUAUGGAACAUUAGCCCCUUGGUAUCACAUAAAUGACCACAUCGCAUCUUCUGCUUCUAUAUCAGCCUUGAAUGUGGACCCUGACUCGGAACUGCAUGAUGAUUGGCAGGUUUAUAUGGCUAUUGCCAUUAAGGAAGGAUGCGUGCGAAACGUGUCCCUCACUUUCUCCUUGGCAAAUGACACCUUUCCGACCGUGCGUGAGCUAGUCAAUUCCCGCUGGAAGGAUUACCACUCAUUCCGCAGGGAAGCUCUACCAUUGGUCAUCAAGGCGUCUGAAUUACCACAUGGCAUUUCCACAGACCCAGCAAAGCACGGAAUCAUAGCAACAGAGGCCCAAACUGCUUUUCUCAGAGUAACUCCAAGACCAUCCUCGUCCUUGGAUAUCAUCAACGCAGAGGGAGAUAUAAUUGGCGGAUUCUGCGGAGACGCAGCAAAGCUGAGAGAACAAGCCAUCACUCCGGGAUUCAACUCGCACGCUGAGUUUGAAUUCAUCUCUCUCUCACUGUCCGGCGCCAAAUCAUACUCAGAGGACUCUAGUCUGAAGAACUAUAGGGAUGCUGAUGGGAACUGGUUGAAUAAGGCACCUAUCGUGAACGUGUUGAUGAUUGCCAAUAGUGGAGGUUUUUCACAUCGUCGGGAGCUGGGCUGGAUAUAUCUUAUUGACUGGGCCAAGCUACGCCGAGAGUGGAGGACUAUCGUGCUUGAGUGA